AGCAAAGCAAAGCCCAGACAGACACACCAAAACACUCUCUCUCUUUGAAUUUCACCAAACAUCAAACACAAAAACCUCUCUUCUCAAGAACCAGACACAAAGAACCUUAGUAAACUAUAACCCAAAACCUCCCUUUUUUUUCUUUUUUUUUCCUUGUUUCUUUUCCCUCCAUCUCUGUGCUGCAAUAACUACACCUCUCUGCACUAUCCUCUUAACAUUGAUAUCUAAAAGCAGCAGAACCUGUUUCUUCUCUUUCUUUUCUGUCUCUCUUAUUCUAAAUGUCCAAAACCUCUAUUUCUUAGUACUCUUGAUUAUGGAAGAGACUAGAGAAUCCAAUGCUAACAAGAAAUGCACCAGCAAGCCUAGAACACUUAGAGGUAGAACUACUACGCAUAAGCAUCAGUAUCAAUAUCAGUACCAAUAUCAGUAUCAGCAUCACUUCCUUCAAUACUCCAACCAGUUUGGUUUCUUUAAUCACAGCAGCAACCUCUACCCAAGUUACUAUCCAGCUCUUCUUCCUCUUCCUCCUCCAAUACCUCUUCAACUUGCUUUAAAUCCUCCUUUCCCUCAAAACCAUAGCUUUGGAUCAAAAACCCAUUUCCAGAAACCUUCAUGUAAGCUAAAUAAUCCUCCUCGCCCCACCUCUUCUGCUACCCCGGAACCUCUUCUUGCAAUUUCAUCAGCUCCAGAGCGGCUGCAACCAAGAAAGAGUCUGCCUUUGAAAAGAAAUGACAGAAGGAAAGGCGUGGGUUCCACUACACAAGCACUGGUAGUUGCAAGGAGACCAGAUUCAGGUGGUGUGGAAGGACCAGUUAUCACUCUCCUCGCCAACCAUUUUCUUGUCCAAUUCAAUCCCUCACAGAAAAUUUUCCACUACAAUGUGGAAAUUUCUCCCAAUCCUUCCAGGGAAGUUGCCAGGAUGAUCAAACAAAAACUGGUAGAUGAAAAUUCAGCUGUGCUUUCUGGUGCUUUUCCGGCCUAUGAUGGCCGAAAGAAUCUUUACAGCCCAGUUGAAUUCCAAAAUGAUAGGUUCGAAGUCUACAUUAGCCUCCCAAUCCCAACUAGCAAAUCAUCAUUGCCUCUUGGGGAACUUAAUGACUUUCAGGAGAAGCAUCAACAGCUCAAACUAUUUAGACUUAAUGUCAAACUUGUAUCAAAAUUGGAUGGGAAAGAGCUGGCUAGCUACUUGAGCAAGGAAAGUGAUGACUGGAUUCCACUUCCUCAGGAUUAUUUACAUGCUUUGGAUGUUGUAUUAAGAGAAAGCCCCAUGGAGAAAUGUAUACCUGUAGGGAGAUCAUUCUAUUCAAGUUCAAUGGGAGGAACUAAAGAAAUUGGAGGAGGGGCUGUUGGAUUGAGAGGAUUCUUUCAAAGUCUUAGACCUACACAGCAAGGACUAGCUCUCAAUGUAGACUUCUCUGUGACUGCUUUUCAUGAAAGUAUCGGUGUGAUAGCCUACCUGCAAAAGCGUCUUGAGUUUCUUUGGGACCUUCCUCAAAACAAAAGGAGGAGUUUGAUUGGUGAAGAAAGGAAAGAAGUAGAGAAAGCCUUAAAGAACAUCAGGGUCUUCGUUUGUCACAGAGAAACUGUUCAGCGAUACCGGGUUUAUGGCCUAACUGAACAAGCUACAGAAAAUCUUUGGUUUGCCGACAGAGAUGGGAAGAACCUGAGGCUACUGAGUUAUUUCAAGGAUCACUACAACUAUGAUAUAAAAUUUAGGAACUUGCCAUGCUUGCAAAUUAGUAGAAGCAAACCAUGUUAUCUUCCCAUGGAACUUUGUAUGAUCUGUGAAGGCCAGAAGUUUCUUGGGAAGCUCUCAGAUGAUCAGACAGCAAGAAUACUUAAGAUGGGCUGCCAAAGACCAAAAGAACGAAAAGCCAUAAUAAAUGAAGUCAUGAGAGGAUCUGUUGGUCCAACAAGUGGCAACAAGGACAGAGAGUUCAAACUCCAUGUUUCAAGAGAAAUGACAAAAUUAAAGGGGAGAAUCCUACAACCUCCAAAACUCAGACUUGGUAAUGGUGGCUCCAAAAGAGAUCUAAUUCCAUCUCGCCAUGAUCGACAGUGGAAUCUUCUAGAUAGCCAUGUCUUGGAAGGAACUAGAAUCGAGAGGUGGGCACUGAUGAGUUUUGGAGGCACCCCUGAACAGAAGUCCAACAUUCCAAAAUUCAUAAACCAGCUAUCUCAAAGAUGUGAACAGUUAGGUAUCUUUCUUAACAAAAACACAAUAAUUAGCCCUCAAUAUGAACCAACGCAAGUGCUUAAUAAUGUCUCCCUUCUGGAAUCCAAACUCAAGAAAAUCCACAAAGCUGCCUCAAACAAUCUCCAGCUGCUUAUAUGUAUAAUGGAGAAGAGACACAAAGGAUAUGCAGAUUUGAAGCGAAUAGCAGAGACAAGUGUUGGCGUUGUAAGCCAGUGCUGCUUAUUUCCAAAUCUUGGGAAGUUGAGUUCACAAUUUCUGGCUAAUUUGGCUCUGAAGAUCAAUGCCAAAGUUGGAGGAUGCACAGUUGCUUUGUUCAAUUCGCUACCCUCACAGAUUCCACGCCUUCUUCAUUCUGAUGACCCUGUGAUCUUUAUGGGAGCUGAUGUUACUCAUCCUCACCCUCUUGAUGACUUCAGUCCAUCUGUUGCUGCUGUUGUUGGGAGCAUGAACUGGCCGGCAGCAAACAAGUAUGCCUCGAGGAUGAGGUCACAAACUCAUCGACAAGAAAUUAUCCAGGACCUUGGUGCAAUGGUGAAAGAAUUGCUAGAUGAUUUUUUCCAAGAAGUUGGCAAACUUCCCAAGCGGAUAAUAUUCUUUAGAGAUGGAGUAAGUGAAACCCAGUUUCAUAAGGUUCUUCAAGAGGAGUUGCAAGCGAUUAGAGAAGCUUGUUCUAGAUUUCCUGGUUAUAGACCUCCCAUUACUUUUGCAGUAGUCCAAAAGAGGCAUCACACUAGGUUGUUUCCUUGCGAAACUGAUCUAGCUUCAAUUCAGAACCAGUUCUACGAUGAAAAUAUACCGCCAGGGACAGUUGUGGAUACCGUGAUUACUCAUCCAAAGGAAUUCGAUUUCUAUCUAUGCAGCCAUUGGGGGGUGAAAGGAACAAGUAGACCAACUCAUUACCAUGUCUUAUGGGAUGAGAACCAAUUCACUUCUGAUGAAUUACAGAAGUUGGUUUACAAUCUGUGCUAUACAUUCGUAAGGUGCACCAAGCCAGUUUCUUUAGUCCCUCCUGCUUACUAUGCUCACUUGGCUGCAUACAGGGGUAGACUUUACCUUGAGCGAUCCGAGUCCAUGACUUCCGCGAGAAAUGCUUCUGCAGUCUCAAGAGCUGCACCGCCAAAGGCAACACCUCUACCAAAACUCAGUGAGAAUGUAAAGAAUCUUAUGUUUUACUGCUGAUUUAAUUUUCUUGCAUUGUCUUUGUAUAUUGUCAUUCGUCAAUGAUAUCUUAAACAGUAACAGAUGUACUUAUUUCUUGAUAAAGGCCUCUAUCACCUUAGCUAGUCAAAUUUAUCAGAAUUACCUUA